GCUCGUGUGGUGAUGAGAUUGCCAAAUCGCACAACCGUGUGAGAUAAAGAUGGCUCCGUCGAUGAGCCGCUUGUCUCCCCAGACUUGUGCGGUCGCUGUCUCUGCAUCUGUUUCGUCUUAUUGGUUCCUUUUCACUCUUCACAACAUCCAGAGAAUUAGGGCUAGGAACAAGGAAAAGGGGACAUUUGUCAUCCAUGAAGAUGCAAAGAAGAAGAGUACAGCAGCUGUGGAUGGUGUCUUCUUCCGCCGUGUGCAAAAGCUCCUCAAGGUGGCUGUCCCAGGUUUCUUCACUCGGGAGACAGGAUUCCUCUUUCUGGUUGCUUUUAUCCUUGUGCUACGGUCUGGCUGUGAUCUGUGGCUCAUACGCAAUGGCACCCUUAUUGAGAGCACCAUCAUUGGGCGGGAUAUCCCAGGAUUCAUCAGACACAUUCGGGAGUAUCUCAUCUCUAUGCCCAUUAUAGCCAUGGUCAAUAAUCUCCUCAAGAUGGGCCUGGAUGAACUGAAGCUGCUCUUCCGUCUAAGGAUCUCAAAGUACCUGUACGACCUGUACUUGACUGAGUUCACUUAUUACAAGAUGGCUAAUCUGGAUUCACGCAUUGCAAAUGCAGACCAGCUGUUGACAGAGGAUGUGCAGAAGUUCUCUGACAGUUUGGUUGACCUCUACUCCAAUCUUAGCAAGCCUGUCUUAGACAUCUUCAUCUAUGUCUACCGGCUCACAUCCACGCUGGGAUUUUCAGUGCCAAGCCUGAUGAGUGUGUACCUGGUGUUUGCUGGGUUUGUACUGACCCGUUUGCGCCGUCCGGCUGCCAGGCUGACAAUGAAGGAGCAACAACUGGAGGGACACUUGAGAUUUGUCAACUCUCGGCUCAUAACGCAUUCAGAGGAGGUUGCUUUCUAUCGUGGGGGCCCCUGUGAACGCAAUUCCAUCAACCAGGCCCUCAAUUCACUUGCCAAACACAUGCAAGACUUCAUUAACUUCAAAUUCAGCAUGGGCUUCACUGACAACAUCCUUGGGAAAUACUUUGGAACAAUGGUUGGUUACAUGUCAGUGAGUAUCCCAUUUCUCUGGCAGGCUUCUGUCACUUCCUCUUCUGCUUCGCAAAGACUAGAGCAAUAUUACAGCUCUGGUCGGAUGAUGGUGAAGCUGGCUGAGGCAAUUGGUCGACUGGUGCUUGCUGGACGGGAACUGACCCGUUUGUCAGGUUACACGGCACGUGUGACCCAGCUCACAGAUGUCCUUAGUGACCUCCACAGUGGACACUAUGAACGCACCAUGGUGGACCAGCGAGAUAACCGUGUUCGCACUGGGCGUGUGAUCCUUGCUGACAAUGUCAUUCGCUUUGAGCAUGUACCUCUGGUCACACCAAAUGGAGAUAUUCUGGUUGAGGAAUUGAGCUUUGAAGUUCGAUCAGGAACCAAUGUACUUGUUUGUGGGCCCAAUGGAUGUGGCAAGAGCUCUCUCUUCCGCAUUCUUGGCGAGCUGUGGCCAUUGUUUGGUGGUGUGCUGACCAAGCCGAAAGCUGAGAAACUGUUCUACAUCCCCCAACGACCGUAUAUGACCCUGGGUUCCCUCAGAGACCAGGUGAUCUAUCCGGAUGGGAAGGAAGACAUGGCUGCUAAGGGUCUGAGUGAUGAGGAUCUCACCACCUAUCUGGGGAUGGUCCAGCUAACAUACAUCCUUGACCGAGAAGGUGGAUGGGAUGCUAUGGCUGACUGGAUGGAUGUCCUUAGUGGUGGAGAAAAGCAACGUGUUGCUAUGGCACGGCUGUUCUACCAUAAACCCCAAUUUGCAAUCUUGGAUGAGUGCACAAGUGCUGUGAGCGUGGAUGUAGAAGAUGCCAUAUACCGCUAUUGCCGACAGACAGGGAUCACCCUCUUCACUGUCUCUCAUCGCAAGAGUCUUUGGAAGCACCAUGAUUUCUAUCUUCAUAUGGAUGGCCGUGGAUCCUUCACAUUCAAGACGAUUGGAGAGGAAACAGAAGCAUUUGGCUCAUGAUUGGAGGUUCCUUAUGCCUACAGUUGCAUCUUUAUCCCAUGCCUCAGUGCUUCCCAUAUCAUCAUCUCUCAUCCUUUUUCCCCAAUGGCUUUCCUAGUCUGGGGUGGUGGAUACCUAGCUUUACAUCUUUUUAUCCCCCCUCUCUUUUGAGGUGGAUAGGACUUUGGGACUCUAUGAAUUAGCUUUUAAGCCAGAUGCACAGGGUAUUGGGUUCCAUGUUUCUGUAUCCAUUUUGGAAAUUGGAGUCACUGUGGAUGUUAAAGUUUUCACUUGAAUGUGUGAAGCAAAUGCCUUAGCACAUAAAACUUAACUUGGGUUGUCAUGGUAUGCAUUGACAUGAGCCCAUGUUUUCAUUUCUGUAAGUUGAGAUCAGUACAACCAGGAGUGAAAAAAAACGGACUUGAUGAGAGAGCAAAAUUAAUUGAGAAGCAUUGAACAGGAAACAGAGGGGAAAAAAUAAUUUCUAAGAAGAAACUUCCCAAGACA